GGAGGUGGCUCCCGGCGUCACCCGGGCCCCGCUCUGGGCCUCGCCGGCGCCUCCUCCAGGGCCGGCGGGCGGCCUCAGAUGGGGUCCGGGGUCCUAACGGCAGCUCUGCGGGUUCCCUCCAAGGCUCGCAGGCACCGGGACCCGGGAUGGAGCGCCCGCGACUCGAAGGCGCUGCCCGCGACCUCUGACCGCGCCUCCCCGACCCAGCCUCCUCCCGGUGGCCGCCCCGAGGCCCGGCCCGCCGACCAUGCCGUCCAAGGCCGUGUGUCUGCGUCACACCGCGGCUCCCGGGCAGCGGCCGGCCGGGACGCUCAGCGGGCGGCUUCCCGCCCCCGCCCGGGACCUGGCCCUGAGCCCGGGCUCCCUGCCUGGCGCCUGCACUGAGGCCCCCGAGGACGGCCCCACGCUCCCUCGCAACGAUCGCGCGGAAGCGGGCAGCGAGACCUCGCCCGCCGCCGCGAAGCCCAUCACCCCACGCCCCCCGAUGCGGCCCAGGCUGGAGCGAGCCCUGUCUCUCGAUGACAGAGGCUGGAGAAGGAGGCGCUUCCGAAGCAGCCAGGAGGACCUGGCCGCCCAGGACGGGGCGGGUCUCAGCGGGGACUCGGUGCAGAGCACGGCCCCCCAGAGCCUGGGCCGCGGUCUCCCGCUGCCUUGCCUGAGCACGUCCUUGCAGGAGAUCCCCAAGCCCCGUUGGGCCACGGGCAGCAUGGGCGGGAGCCCGACCUGGGGCGACCGACUCUCAGGCAUGGUCAGCACAUCCCUGGAUCUCCUGCACAGGGAGGCCACCCCGGCUGGGGGUUCCCCCAGGCUGGCCAGCCUACGCACCCCACACCCACCAUCCUCCUCGGAGCCCACCGUGGCCUCCAACACCCUGAGGACUGCAAACCAGGCGGACUCUGAGCAGACUGACCGCAAGCAAGCUGUCCCCACCAGGCUGGUCCGUGCCCACAGCAGUCUGGGUCCCAGCCGGCCUCGCAGUCCCCUGGCCUGUGAUGACCGUUCGCUGCACUCGGCCAGGUCCUCCUUCAGCCUGCUGGCCCCCAUCCGUACCAAGGACAUCCGCAGCAGGAGCUACCUGGAGGGCAGCCUGCUGGCCAGCGGGGCCCUGCUGGGCGCGGAGGAGCUGGCCCAGUAUUUCCCUGACCGCAGCUUGGCGCUCUUCGUGGCCACGUGGAACAUGCAGGGCCAGAAGGAGCUGCCACCCAACCUGGACGAGCUGCUGCUGCCCACCGAGGCCGACUACACCCAGGACCUGUACGUCAUUGGCGUGCAGGAAGGCUGCUCUGACAGGCGAGAGUGGGAGACACGGCUGCAGGAGACGCUGGGCCCGCGCUACGUGCUGCUGUCCUCGGCGGCCCACGGCGUGCUGUACCUGUCCCUGUUCAUCCGCAGGGACCUCAUCUGGUUCUGCUCAGAGGUGGAAUGCGCCACGGUGACCACACGCAUUGUGUCCCAGAUCAAGACCAAGGGCGCCCUGGGCGCCAGCUUCACCUUCUUCGGCACCUCCUUCCUCUUCAUCACCUCCCACUUCACCUCCGGAGAUGGGAAGGUGGCAGAGCGGCUGCUGGACUACACCAGGACCGUCCAAGCCCUGGCCCUGCCCCGGAACGUGCCCGACACCAACCCCUACCGCUCCAGCGCAGUGGAUGUCACCACCCGCUUUGAUGAGGUGUUCUGGUUUGGAGAUUUCAACUUCCGCCUGGGUGGUGGGCGCGUGGCAGUGGAAGCCGCGCUGAGGCAGGAGCGGGAGGCGGCCGUGCAGGCCUUGCUGCAGCAGGACCAGCUCACGCGGGAGAUGAAGAACGGAUCAGUCUUCAGGGGCUUCCAGGAGCCAGACAUUGUCUUCCUGCCCUCCUACAAGUUUGAUCUCGGGAAGGACACCUAUGACAGCACCUCCAAGCAGAGGACGCCCUCAUACACGGACCGGGUUCUGUACAGAAGCCGCCACAAGGGGGACAUCCAGCCCGUGACCUACUCCUCCUGCCCUGGGAUCAAAACGUCUGACCACCGCCCGGUGUACGGCCUGUUCCGGGUGCGCGUACGACCUGGACGAGACAACAUUCCUCUGGCUGCUGGCAAGUUUGACCGAGAGCUAUACCUGAUUGGAAUUAAGAGACGGAUUUCAAAAGAAAUUCAGAGACAGCAAGCCCUGAAGAACCAGAGCUCCAGCGCCAUCUGCUCGGUGUCUUGAAGUCCCCAGAGGCCCCAUUGUGACCUGCAACUCAGGACCACGAAUCCCUGGAAGAGCUGGGGGUCUGCUCUCUGGUGUCCCUCCAUUAUGGUCCCCAUGCACAGCUGUGGGGCUGCCCCACUUCUCACCGGGAAAGCCCAGGGCAGCCCAGGGGCCUGGCACGCCAUGCCCACUGGUGUCCCUGUGACCCCCAACGGGGGGGGGCGGGGCUCUCUCAGGGCAUCUGCACUCCAGCCCCAUGAAUGACAGGUAUCUGAGCUGUUCUGCCCUGGACAGCAGCCGGAUUCCCGUUUCCUGCUUGCGAGGGCUGCAGGCUCACCUCUGCUUCAGUGCUCAAUCCAAGCCCUGGGCCUGAGUGCCCCCACCCAGAGCCCACACCACACAGGCGUCUGUGGAGGUCAUGGUAUAGCCCGUGUCCUCUGGGCCUCAGCCCCUGGGCACUCCAGAACCCCCUAAGGCCGAGGAAGCCUCCGAGGCCACAGCAGACCCUGGUGGCACACUCACCCUGCCCCAGUGGCCCCAGCUAUGGGAGGCCCACCUCCCUGCCUUGCCCCAAGUCUCACUGGGCGACCUCAGCCACAGUGUCAGCAGCCCCUUGCUUAGGUCCUUACCCUACAGGGCUUCAACCUCCCCCCACCAUGGAGGAUGUAGACUUGAGUGUAGAAUCCUAGGGACACCCAGGCCAGCCUGUUAAAUUAUUUAUUUUUCCAUAUUUAUAUUUUUAAAUACAUGCAUAUAUCAAAUCUUAAACCCCUCUGGGCUCUGCAUGCUCCGAAGUCCGUGCUGCGGCUUUUGCGCACUUCACUGAGGACAGCGUAGGAAGGCAGAGACCUGGAUCUCUAGGGCUGGAGCUUGAGGGGCAAGUUCAGGGACACCCGGGAG